CGAUUCGGCACAUGUGUAGCUGUUGUCAUCCUGCGCGCUUGGGUCAUGAGUGAUUACUCUAGAUUAUUAUUGUGAGUGACUGAACCGAAUCAUCAGGAUCUCCUUCUGAGAGGUCAAACAGUGAGGAUCUCUGGCAGAGUAUGAGCGGCUGAGAGCGAAGCUGCAGCGGUCAGAGGUGCUGUGGAGGACCCGCGUGUGUGGAGCUGAUCUGUGUGCUGCCCGCGGCUGUUCGGGAUGUUUGUGCUGGUGGAGAUGCGGGACACGGUGCGGAUUCCGCCCUGGAGCUUCCAGAGGCCGCUGAAUGAAGCCGUAGCGGAGGAGCUCAACAAGAAGCUGGCCAACAAGGUGGUGUAUAAUGUGGGUUUGUGCAUCUGUCUGUACGACAUCACUAAACUGGAGGAUUCCUACAUCUUCCCUGGAGACGGAGCGUCUCACACUAAAGUUCACUUCAGAUAUGUGGUGUUUCACCCGUUCCUGGACGAGAUCCUGCUGGGGAAGAUCAAAGGCUGCAGUGCUGAGGGAGUCCAUGUGAGUUUGGGGUUCUUUGAUGACAUCAUCAUCCCGCCAGAGUCGCUCCAGCAGCCGGCUAAAUUUGAUGAGGCGGAGCAGGUCUGGGUCUGGGAGUACGAGACUGACGAGGGCACUCAUGACCUCUACAUGGACCAGGGCGAGGAGAUCCGCUUCCGGGUCACAGACGAGGUGUUCGUGGACACAUCUCCCAGUGGGCCGAACACAGAGAAGGAGGCUCCGGGAGCAGCAGCAGCAGCGCCCCCUGCAGGAGCGGAGGAGGCAGCACAGCAGAAAGAGUCUCCAUACACACUCAUAGGCUCUGUCAGUGAGCCGGGGCUCGGUCUGCUGUCCUGGUGGAACAAUUAACAACACAAACAUCAUCUUGAUGAUCAUAAUGUGUGUUAUGAACUGUGAAACAUCAGCCGGAGACUCAGUCACACAGAUGCUGCUGAACGCUGCAGUAAUCAGGCUUUAUUAUUGUGAUUAAUGAGCUGUAAUUUGGCUGUUUGGGGGAUUGUGGUGAUCUGAUAUUACAGAUUUGAUUUGUUGUGAUAUGUUGAUUAUAUUGCUUUUUACAUCAAGCUUGAAACAUUUCUGGUUUAGAUGUUUUUUCUGAUUCUGAUACUUUCAGAUUUUGAUAAAAAGAUUUAAAGAAAACAUUAUAUUGGAGGAUAUGUAUAUAUGGGUUUUGAAUUAUUUGUAUUCCUGCCUUUUACAUUAAAAUGCAAUAAUAAUAACUCUACAACUUUGGCAGAUCAGAAUUUUGAUUCACUUUAUUUUUGUUGUAUUAGUUGGUAUAUUAAACGUACAUCAAUGGGAGAAUAAUCAGUUUCUCUGGAUUAUCAGUAAAGCUGCGGUCACACUGGACUUUUGAAAUAAGACUCCCCAUAGACUUCCAUUCAUACGCAUGUGAACUGGAAACGCAAGCUCGUGUGACAAGUUUCGCAGUUCGCUGCGUUUCAAAGUUUAAGCUUGGUGAACUCUGACCUGUGAAAUAACAUCACAUGAUUGCGUGAGACCAAUCGAAGAUCAAAACAUGACCUCUCUGGACAGAAAUUAAAAACAUGCAGCAAUCGCUCGCUUUUUUUAAUGUCUAAUCAUUUAGUUUAAUCCAGCUCCUUUUGCAGCGCCGCACACGCACAAACUCUAGUGUGACCGCAGCUUUAGUUGCUUUAUUCUUAAAAGUCUGAUUAUUAUAAUGCCAUAUAUUUCAAAUGUCAGGGUUAUUCCUCCAUAUACUGUUUUGUAAACAUUACUGGUAUUAAAAAAUGCAUAUAAACUGAAUCUAUCUGAAAGCAUGACACUUCUGUUGUUAUAUUAUACCUCUGGGAACAGA